AUGACGCCCCAAGCCGGCGUCAACGGCAUCCUGCCUGUGACAGCGCUACAGAAGAAUGUCCCCGCAUCAGCGCCCCGCGGUCCCAAAACUCCAGCGCCGCGCUUGAAGCUCAUAUGCCGACGGCUCCCUCCUGGCCUGACUAGGACCGAGUUCGAAACCAUGCUCGGAGAGGAGUGGAAGGUUGGCGCUGGCAAGCUGGACUGGAUCAACUACCGGAAGGGCAAGGUUACCAAAGACCUAGCGAAACCUUCCAAGCCUUCUCGCGCCUACAUCCAUGUCACGCAGCAACCUUUCGUUACCGCCCUCGGUGACCGCGUCCGCGAAGUUACGUUCCACGAUGCCACCAAGUCUUUCCAGGACGGCGCCCUUAUUGGACCUCCUGUCCUUGAAUUCGCUCCUUAUACGAAGCUGCCGGGCAACAGGCGUAGGAACGAUGCUCGACAGGGCACUAUCGACCAAGACCCUGAAUUCAAAGAAUUCUUGGAGAGUUUGACCGCUCCCAUUACUAAAGCUGCCGCUCCCGAAGGCGAAUCUACGAAGGAAGAGAAGGUCAAAACUACGCCGUUGAUAGAAGCACUCAGGGAGAGGAAGGCAAACAAGGAAAAGCCUCAAAAGAAGGGCCGUGGGGAACACAAGGACGAUGCUGGUGAGAAGAGGAUCUUGGCUAAGUCUGGGAAGGAGAACGCCCCUGGGGAGAAGAAUCGCAAGGCCACCAGAGCCGAGAAAGAGAAGGCUCAGAAGGAGGUCGUCAAGGCUGCUUUAAAGGAGAACGUUUUGGUUGACAAGGCUAACGCAGGCCCUUCCUCGGCUGCCCCGGAGCGCAAGCGUGGAAACGUCAACAUCGCAAAAGGCAUACUUCAGCGCGACCUCGGUCUUGGGCCUGCUCCAAAUCGUCGACGAGGAACCAAGCGCGAAAUCGCAUCCGCCACACAGGAAACCAACCCUAAACAGGAUGAGAACGUCAGUGGCAAGUCUAAGGGCAAGGAACCCGCCGUUGCUCCUGUUGCCACCAUUACAACCGCAGAGAAGGUUACCCCAGCUUCGCCUAAGAAAGAGAGGCCAUCUCGUGCCGAGCGCCGAGCGUUCAAAGCCUCGUUGGCCGAAAAGACAAACAAUAAGGUAGAAGGAGAAAACUCCAAGGUUCCGGUGAAGCAAGGCACCGCGCCAGCGCCUACGAUCCUCAAAAAGCCGCAGACCACACAGGCUCAGCCUGGCCCCCCACCAAAAGGCCCCGCUACUGCACGUGUUCCUCCCACGGGGCCUGCGGCUGCUCGGAUUGCCAACACAGCGAGCCAGACCACGCCACCGAAGGCAGAAGCAGGCCCAUUCCCCCGUCCAGCCAACCCUACACCUGCGCACGCCGCUACAGGUUCAGCUCCAGUACCAGUGGGCAAGCAGGCUUUCCUCAAGCACGCCAACGCAUCUCAAGGCAUCACGGAGCCCCUCAUUGAAGAGGCACUGAAGGAAUUCGGAGCAAUCGAGAAAGUUGAGAUUGACAAGCGUAAGGGCUUCGCCUAUGUCAACUUUGCCGAACCAGAGGGAUUGCGGAAGGCGGUCGCUGCGGGCACUGUCAAGGUAGCCCAGGGUGCCGUUCAGGUUCUCGAGCGGAAGGAGAAGCAUCAGGUCCCUCGAGGCUUCCCUGCGCCUCGCCCGCAACCUCCCAGACCCGCUCAGGGCCGCGGCGGUUUUGGACCGCGUGGCCGUGGUGGCCGUGGUGGUGCUAGAGGUGGACAUGUUGCCCCUGGACCUAAUCCUGUUCCGGCUCAGGCACCAGUCGCUACGCCUACAGCUGAUGUGGCGACGUGA